AUGGCGGCUUUUGAACUUUUUGUGGUUGGUUUCGUUUGGAUAACCAAAUUUGAAUGUGCCCGUGGAUGGACAAACGCCCAUGCUACGUUUUAUGGCGGCGGUGAUGCAUCCGGCACCAUGUGUGGUGCGUGUGGAUAUGGAAAUCUAUACGACCAAGGAUACGGAACCAACACGGCAGCUCUAAGCAGUGCUCUGUUCAAUAAUGGGGUUACCUGCGGAGCAUGCUUUGAAAUCAAAUGCAACAAUGACCCACAUUGGUGUCUGCCCAAUACGAUUGUGGUCACCGCCACCAAUUUCUGCCCACCCAACAAUGCACUUCCUAACGAUGCAGGUGGGUGGUGUAAUCUCCCACUUGAGCAUUUUGAUCUUUCAGAGCCAAUGUUCAACCGCAUUGCAAAGCACAAGGCGGGCAUAGUCCCUGUUCUCUACCACAGAGUGGCAUGUAAGAGAAGUGGCGGAAUUCGAUUCACCAUCAAUGGAAAAUCCUACUUUAAUCUGGUGCUCAUCACCAACGUGGGCGGAGCAGGGGACGUGAGUGCAGUUUCUAUAAAGGGCUCUAAAACUGGGUGGCAGGGCAUGAGAAGAAACUGGGGCCAAAAUUGGCAGAGCAAUAGCUAUUUGAACGGGCAAAACCUGUCGUUUCGAAUCACAACCACUGAUGGGAGAAUAGUUACCUCCUAUGAUGUGGCCCCCUCCACCUGGAAAUUUGGCCAGACUUUUACCGGUGCUCAGAUAUAAACUGUUCAGACUGCGCACCCACUAUCUUCUUCUUCCUCCCUGGCGUUUUGGGAGGGAAGUAGCUUUUAAGAGUUUUAAUUCAUGUUAUUUAUAUAAGUUGU